AUGGGAUCCAUGUCUCUCACAGACAGCAAACGCUCACGCGCUCCGCUGGUCGCCCCGCUGGUCGCCCCGCAGCCAGCCGCUCCUCUCUCGGAGAACAACAAUAUGGCCAAUGCCGGGGGCAGCCUCCGGAGCACCGCUCGUGGCAAGCGUACUUCCGCGCAAAUGGUCCGCUUUGACGAGGAGCCGCCCAAGCUACUGCCCGCCAUUCCGAUGACCUACGAUGAGCUCUAUGCCGGCCCUGAAUCCGCUGUCGAUGACGAAGCUGAAGCUCCCGAGAUCGAGAAUGCGAAUGAGCCUGAAGACGCCAAGGUGGUGGAUGAACAUCUCGAAAACGACGGCGAACAGAAGGGCGUCGAGGACGACAAGGAGAACGCCAACGAAAACGAAGACGAGACGCCAGAACCUCUGGAUUUGACUAAUCCGAACGGCUCUAUCCCUUCCCCUCCCGAGGCCGUUGCGCCCCAAGCUCCCCCGAAUGCGCUGAGCGAGCAUCAUAACAUUGUUCGGCGGAAACUCACGGGCUACGUUGGCUUUGCGAACCUGCCCAACCAGUGGCACCGCAAGAGUGUCCGCAAGGGCUUCAACUUCAAUGUUAUGGUCGUUGGUGAAUCGGGCCUCGGCAAGUCUACUCUGGUCAACACCCUGUUCAACACCUCCCUGUACCCCCCCAAGGAGCGCAAGGGCCCCAGCCUGGACAUCAUUCCCAAGACCGUGACGAUUCAGUCCAUCAGCGCCGACAUUGAGGAGGCCGGUGUUCGCCUUCGCCUGACCGUUGUCGACACCCCGGGCUUCGGCGACUUCGUUAACAACGACGAGUCGUGGCGCCCGAUUGUCGACAACAUCGAGCAGCGAUUUGACGCCUACCUCGAUGCCGAGAACAAGGUCAACCGGAUGAACAUUGUCGACAACCGUAUCCAUGCUUGCGUUUUCUUCAUCCAGCCGACCGGCCACUCCCUGAAGCCCCUGGACAUCGAGGUCAUGAAGCGCCUGCACACCAAGGUCAACCUGAUCCCGGUCAUUGCCAAGUCGGACACUCUGACCGACGAGGAGAUUACUGCUUUCAAGCGCCGCAUUCUCGCCGACAUUCAGUACCACAAGGUCCAGAUCUUCGAGGGCCCCCGCUACGAGCUUGACGACGAGGAGACGAUUGCGGAGAACAACGAGAUUCUGUCCAAGGUUCCCUUCGCCGUUGUUGGUGCGACUAACGAGAUCACCAACGCCGAUGGCCGCAAGGUCCGUGGUCGUCGCUACCCAUGGGGUGUCAUUGAGGUCGACAACGAAGAGCACUGUGACUUUGUCAAGCUGCGCCAGAUGCUCAUCCGCACGCACAUGGAGGAGCUCAAGGAGAACACCAACAACAUCCUCUACGAGAACUACCGCACCGACAAGCUCAUUCAGAUGGGCGUCUCGCAGGACCCGAGCGUGUUCAAGGAGGUCAACCCUGCUGUGAAGCAGGAGGAGGAGCGUGCCCUGCACGACCAGAAGCUGGCCAAGAUGGAGGCCGAGAUGAAGCUUGUCUUCCAGCAGAAGGUCUCCGAGAAGGAGUCCAAGCUCAAGCAGAGCGAGGAGGAGCUGUAUGCUCGUCAUCGCGAGAUGAAGGACCAGCUCGAGCGCCAACGCCAGGAGUUGGAAGAGAAGAAGUCGCGCCUCGAGAGUGGCCGUCCCCUGGAGAAGGAGGGCAAGAGAAAGGGCUUCUCCCUGCGUUAA